GUCGUGAGAUACACAGCAUUUGCCUCUUAAACGUUCUCUAAUCGCUACAGAUACCACGAUGCUUAGAGCCGGAAGAGUUAUUAACAGACAGAGUAUACGGUCGCUCGCUACGUCUGCGUCUCUCACUACGAACAUCCCUAGUGAGUUCCAGACAAGGGUCCCACCCUACCCGAAGCUCGUGGAGAAGCUCACACAAGUCAAAAGAGUGCUGAACGAUGCGCCAUUGACGUUGGCUGAGAAGAUCCUCUAUUCGCACCUGGUCAACCCAGAAGAGUCGUUAUCUGCUGGCGACGUUUCCAAGAUCAGAGGGCUUGAAUACUUGAAGUUGAACCCAGACAGGGUGGCAAUGCAAGAUGCCUCUGCUCAGAUGGCGCUGCUUCAGUUCAUGACGUGUGGAUUGCCAUCCACUGCGGUGCCAGCCUCUAUCCAUUGUGAUCACUUGAUUGUUGGUAAGGAUGGUGAGAAGGCUGAUCUGAAGUCCUCCAUCGCCACCAACAAGGAGGUGUUUGAUUUCCUCCAGUCAUGUGGUGAGAAGUACGGUAUCCAGUUCUGGGGACCGGGAUCUGGUAUCAUCCACCAGAUCGUGUUGGAAAACUUCAGUGCGCCUGGUCUCAUGAUGCUCGGAACCGAUUCCCACACUCCAAAUGCUGGUGGUUUGGGCGCCAUUGCCAUUGGUGUCGGUGGUGCCGAUGCUGUUGAUGCCCUCACAGGUACUCCGUGGGAGCUGAAGGCCCCAAAGAUCCUCGGUGUUCACUUGAAGGGUAAGAUGAAUGGUUGGACCUCUCCAAAGGAUAUCAUCACCUACUUGGCUGGUUACCUCACUGUCAGAGGUGGUACUGGAUUCAUAGUUGAGUACUUUGGUGAAGGUGUGGAGUCCUUGUCAUGUACAGGUAUGGCUACUAUCUGUAACAUGGGUGCGGAGAUUGGUGCUACAACUUCUACUUUCCCUUACCAAGAGGCCCAUAAACGUUACCUCAUAUCUACGCAUAGAGCUCCAUUGGCACAAGCUGCUGAUGAGGUCAACGCCAAGUUUGGCUUCCUCAAGGCUGAUCCAGGUGCUCAGUACGAUAAGGUUGUGGAGAUUGACCUCAACACUCUUGAACCUCAUAUCAAUGGUCCAUUUACCCCGGAUCUCUCUACGCCAUUGGGUCAAUUCGGCUCCAAGACUGAUGAAAACGAAUGGCCAAAGACCGUUUCUGCCGGUUUGAUCGGUUCCUGUACCAACUCCUCGUACCAGGACAUGUCAAGAGCCGUUUCAUUGGUUAAACAGGCCAGUGAAGCCGGUCUUAAGCCAAAAAUCCCAUUCUUUGUUACGCCAGGCUCUGAACAGAUCAGAGCAACCAUCGAGAGAGAUGGAUUGAUCGAGACGUUCGAAGACAACGGUGCCAUUGUGUUGGCCAAUGCCUGUGGUCCAUGUAUUGGCCAAUGGGACCGUGUUGACAUUGACAAGAAGUCCACGGAGACGAAUGCCAUCUUUACAUCCUUCAACAGAAACUUCAGAGCAAGAAACGAUGGUAACAGAAACACCAUGAACUUCCUUACAUCACCAGAAGUCGUCACUGCGAUGAUCUACUCUGGUGACAUGCACUUCAACCCGAUAACGGAUUCGAUUAAGACAGAAGACGGUUCAGAUUUCAAAUUCCAACCUCCAAAGGGUGACGAAUUGCCAGAGAGAGGAUUCAUCGCUGGUAGACCAGAGUUCUACCCAGAGGUUGAUCCACAACCACAUCCAGAAGUUGCCAUCAACAUUCCAGAAGAUUCUGAUCGUUUGCAAUUGCUUGAACCAUGGACUCCAUGGAACGGCGAAGAGCUUAAGAACAAGAUCUUGUUGAAGGUUGAAGGUAAGUGUACCACUGAUCACAUCUCUGCAGCAGGUGUUUGGUUGAAGUACAAGGGUCACUUGGAGAACAUUGCCAACAACACUUUGAUCGGAGCUCAAAACAAGGAGACUGGUGAGGUCAACGUUGCCUAUGACGAUGAUGGUACUGCUUACUCCAUUCCAGAGCUUAUGGGUAAAUGGAAGGAAGAAGGUAUCAAGUGGAACGUUGUUGCAGAACACAACUAUGGUGAGGGUUCUGCAAGAGAACACGCUGCUCUUCAACCAAGAUUCCUCGGUGGUGAGAUGAUUCUUGUUAAGUCCUUUGCUCGUAUUCACGAGACAAACUUGAAGAAACAAGGUCUUUUGCCAUUGACAUUUGCAAACGAGGCCGACUAUGACAAAUUGAGCUCUGGCGAUAUCUUGGAGACCCUGAACUUGAAAGAUAUGAUUGCUAAGAAUGGUGACAACGGUGGAAUCAUCAAGCUCAGGGUUCACAAGAAGAACGGUGAAACUUUCGACAUCGAUGCUAAGCACACCAUGUCCAAGGACCAAGUGGAUUUCUUCAAGGCUGGUUCUGCAAUUAACCACAUUGGUAACGUUCGUCGUGCUGAAGCUGGCUCUCAGGCUUGAGAACACAGUCACAGUUAUAUAGUUUUAGUCAUUUCACUGCAUCAUUUCUUUGGUUAAGAGUAUUUAUUAAAAAGACGGUAUUUUUCUUUGGGAUGUUUGAUUUCUAUUUACCCCUUCACCAUCUUUCUGUCAUGGGUUAAUCCAAGGGCUUAGGCUUAACCACCGAUAUGAUAAGAUCCUUUUCUUUGUACAUGAUGAAUAUGACAAGAACCUGUGCAAAGAAUGCACUUGCCAGUAGUUCAAACCAGUUUCUCGUCACACCUAAAAGAGAACAGUCCAAUGCCCAAAUC